AUGUACGGCUUGUAUCUGGAAGCUGUGAAUGACUACAUUAAUGAGUCCUAUGGGGAGGACGUGUGGCGGCUGAUCGAAGCUCGGGCAGAAAUCCCUCAUCUCAAGUUUGUACGCCACCAGAUGUACAAUGACAAUCUGAUUCUUCGUCUGGCAAAGGCAGCUGGAGAGGUUCUGGGGAAGACUCAUGAUGAACUGAUGUAUGCCUUCGGAGUCUAUAUGGUCAAACGAAUAGGAAACUAUGGUUAUGAGAGGAUUCUCAAGGUGCUGGGCCGUAAUGUGCGAGACUUCAUUAACGAACUGGAUAACCUUCAUGAGUACUUUCGCUUCUCAUUCCCUAAAGUUCAACCACCAAGUUUCUGUGUGGAAGAAGAAUGUGAAACCAGCCUGACACUUCACUAUCGCUCCACCCGGAAGGGUUUUACUCAGUUUGUAAAAGGCCAGCUCUCUCAAGUGGGUCGACAGUUUUACAACACAGACAUUGAGGUGGAGAUUUUGUCAAAAGAGGAAACAGAGAAAAUGACAUACGUGGUCUACAAAAUGAAUUUUGACAACGCUGCCUUUAAGCACCGCAUGCCCCAGCAGAAAACAGCACCCGGUUAUGAAAAGCUCCCUAUGAAAAGGGGAAUCUUCUUUGACAUGUUUCCCUUUAGCGUGAUCUUCCGCAGGGACAUGACCAUGUACCGCAUCGGUGACGGCCUGAAGGAGGUCUUCUCAGAUCUGCAGGGAAAAAAGGUCAAUGAGGAGUUCACGCUGGUGCGGCCCAUGCUGGAGUUCAGCUGGGAUAAUAUCUACACCCACCUGAACAAUGUGUUUGAGCUUCUGUCAAAAGCGGUUGUAGAGAGCAAGCAAAAGGUUAACAUCCCCAAACUCAGCAAAGAGGAACCAGAGGAGAAAGAGGAGAGUGAGAAGCCAAAAAAGGAAGAAAGAGACCUAAAGGCAGUGGACGAGAUGAAAGGACCGGACCAGGAGUACAACAGCGCUCUGAACCAGUACAACAGUUCAACCAACUUCGGAGGAGAAGACAUAGAACUGCUCGCUUUCCAAACAGUCACUGGUAAGUGCAGUGAAACUAUAUUUGAGGACAUGCGAGAACCUCCCAAGAAGCCUCUCCAUCUGAAGGGCCAGAUGAAAUACGUCCCCCAGUGGGAUUCCCUCAUCUUCCUUGGCACACCCAUUAUUGAGACUGUGGAGGACAUGAUUAAAAUGGGCGUUUACGUCAAUGACUUGAACCUGCAUGACUCCAGCAGAGAGCUCAUUCUGGCAGGAACUCAGCAAUCAGCCGAGCUGCAGCUGGCUCUCGACCAGGAGCAACAGAAGUACGCCCAGCUGCAGGAGAUCAUUAAAAAGCUGGACGAGGAGAAGAAGAGAGGCGACUCACUGCUGUACGCUAUGAUUCCUAAAGCUGUGGCUGACCGACUGCGCAAGGGCAGCACAGCACUGGAGACCUGUCAAGUUUUCCCUGAUGUGACCAUCCUGUUCAGCGAUGUGGUCAAGUUCAACGAGAUCUGCAUCCACAUCACACCCAUGCAGGUUGUGGACAUGCUCAACGAGAUCUACAUCGUGUUCGACACCCUGAGUGAGAAACACAACGUGUAUAAGGUUGAAACCAUCCGAGAUGCCUACAUGGUGGUGGCUGGGGUGCCUAAUAAGACCACAUUUCACGCUCAUCAUAUCUGUGACAUGGCUCUAGACAUGCUGAGCUCCAUCGAUCAUCUUAAAGAUCCCUCAACGGGUGAUAACAUUCAGAUCCGUGUCGGUAUCCACUCUGGCAUGGUGGUGGCAGGGGUGGUGGGGCUGAAGAUGCCGCGCUACUGUUUAUUCGGAGACACCGGUAUGCAAAUCCACAUUAGCCAGACCACCAAGGACCAUUUGGAGCACGAGCCAUACAACAUCGAAGAAAGGGGGAAAAUAUUUGUAAAGGGUAAAGGCUACAUGAAGACGUACUGGCUGAAAGGAAAGAAAGAUUUGUCCUUUAAGAAUCCAGCUGAGCUUCGAUACAGCAGUGAGCACAAGGACUCGGAUGAUCGGAGCUCUGCUGGUACCAAGCACUCGAACUCCAACCUAAACCACCCUAAUGAGGAGCAAGCUGAAGGAAAGCCCAUCCCGGCAGACCUGCCCCCUGACACACUCCCACCACUGGAGGGCACCAUAGACGUUUCUGCAACCACUAACGAGCCCCAAGACAAAGAGAAAGUAAAAAAGACCAAAAACAACAGAGGAGGCAAAGCCGAGAACACCUCAGAUUCGCAGGGAAGCUCGUCCCCUGCCGAAGACCAGAAGAACGAAGGUCCGGUGGGUAAUAACAAAAGGAACAGCUUCAGGAACCAGUACAUGCGGCUACCGGCCAACCUGCCCCUGCGCAGCACGGCCUGCACCCUGCUGUGA